AUGUCUUUUACCAAGAUCGCUGUUCUAUAUAUCGCUUGUCUUGCUUCGCCGUGUCUGGGUUUGUUUAAUCUAGGCGUUCCGGGGAUCAGUUGGUCUUACGACUAUGUAAUUGUCGGUGGCGGUACUUCCGGUCUCGCUAUCGCCACAAGAUUGGCUGAGGACUCAGGAGUGAGCGUCGCUGUUGUUGAGGCUGGUGGGCACUAUGAGGUUGAAGGUGGUAUCUACAGCAUUAUUCCUGGAUUCGCCGCGGCAGCGAAUACCGGCACCGACCCAUCUGAUGAUUCCUUGCUUAUUGAUUGGAAUUUCGAUACGCUGCCCCUGUCGGCUGCAAAUGAUCGAGUUCUCCGCUAUUCUAGAGGAAAAUGUCUGGGUGGCACUUCUGCCCGCAACCUUAUGGUCUACCAGCGCGGAACCAAGGAUUCAUAUGAUCAAUGGGCAGAUAUCACCGGUGACUCCUCGUGGGAGUGGGAAUCAGUGUUGCCAUCCUUCAAGAAGAGCUGUACUCUCACGCCACCAGACAUGUCCAAGCGUAAUGCAAAUUCAAGUGUGAUCUAUAGUGCAGACGCUUUUGACAACAGCAUGAAAGGCCCUCUGCAAGUUUCUUGGCCUAAUUAUGGCUCCCCCUUCGCAACGUAUGUGGAGGCCGGGCUCGAAGCAAUAGGCAUCCUUUCAGGACAAGAUUUCAAUAGCGGCUACCUUAAUGGCUCCUCCUGGGCACCUACAACAAUCGACCCCAAAGAUGAAACGCGAAGUUCUUCGAAAACAAGCUUCCUGAACCAGUCUCUGUUGAAGCUAAAUUUCAACGUCUAUGCGCAUACCCUGGUAAAGAAAAUCAACUUCAGUGGGACUAAAGCUAAGAGCAUCAAUGUCGAGACCCUUGGUACCCCGUAUACCCUAACAGCAAAAAAGGAGAUCAUUGUAUCUGCUGGAACCUUCCAAUCCCCUCAACUUCUAAUGGUCUCUGGUGUGGGACCCAAGUCAACAUUAGAAAAGCUCGGUAUCAAAGUCGUGGCAGAUCUUCCAGGCGUGGGACAGAACCUCUGGGACCACGCCCUUUUCGGCGUCGUUAACAGAGUGAACGUGGAAACAGCAAGCCGGCUAGUAAAUGACCAAACCGCCGCCACGGAAGCACUCGCGCUAUACGCCCUCAAACAAGGCCCUCUCACAGCCCCAGGCUUCGGCAUUCUCGGCUGGGAGAAACUCCCCAGCGAUGCCCGCAAGCACUUCACCAACAGCACCCGCAAAGCCCUGGACACCUUCCCGGCCGAUUGGCCUGAAAUCGAAUACAUCAGUCUCGACGGAAUCCUAGAUGGCUGGCACAGCGCCGACGACCAAGACCUCGGUGACGGGUACGAGUAUGGUACCAUCGCGCCAUCCCUCGUCGCCCCUCUCUCUCGCGGCUCCGUCACAAUCAAUAGCACAGAUACCAGCGCUGCCCCCGUCAUCGACCUCGGCUACCUCACCCACCCGGCAGACCAGGAAGUCGCAGUUGCGGCACUCAAGCGCGCGCGCAAGGCCUUCAACGCGACGGGCAUCACCAUCGGCGAGGAACAUAGUCCCGGCCCGGACGUACAGACGGAUGGGGAGAUCCUUGAAUUCAUCCGCUCCACUAUCGUGCCGGUCUGGCAUGCUGCUGGGACCUGUGCGAUGGGCAAGUCCACGAACCCUGAUGCAGUCGUCGACUCGAAUGCUAAGGUUAUCGGCGUCCAGAACUUGCGUGUUGUUGAUGCGAGUAUUUUCCCUACUUUGCCCCCGGGUCAUCCGCAGAGUACGUGCUAUAUGGUUGCGGAGAAGAUUGCAGCCGCUAUCAAGAAUGGGAAUUAG